AUGGCUGAAAAAGUAGAACCAGACUAUGAUGUUGAGAUGGGACAACCCGAGGAACAGAUUGACAGUAUGAGAAGACGAGUGACAAGAAAAAAAGGAAGAGGGCUUCGAGGAAUUACUCGUAGCAACGUGAGAGAAUAUGAAGCUUUUGAACAGGAAGGAGCAGCUGGUGCUCCUCAAAGGUCUGUGGAAGGCUGGAUUAUAUUUGUCACCAAUGUUCAUGAAGAAGCUCAAGAGGACGAUGUUUACGAACAGUUUGCACCUUAUGGCGAAAUCAAGAAUAUGUCACUAAACGUAGAUAGAAGGACCGGUUUCCUGAAGGGGUAUGCUUUGAUUGAGUAUGCUACUAAAAAAGAGGCUGCGGAAGCUAUUAAUGCUUGCAGUGGGUCUAAACUUCUAGGACAGGAGAUAAAUGUUAGCUGGUGUUUUGUCAAAGGAGGUGGUAAUUUCCGUGGGAAAAGGCGAAGAUGA